AACCAUUGCUGCAAAGAUUUCCUCAAUAACUUGGAUAAGGAUGUGUCGAAUGGUAUGAAUGAAGUCGAGUUGAAGCAACUGAUGGGCGCCUACACUAUGGAUGUGAUCGCCAGCUGUGCCUUCGCUACCAAAACCAAUACAUACACCGAUCCUAAGAACCCGUUCACCACCAAAGCGGCCCACCUUUUCAAUAUCCCCAUUUGGAGAGGGCUGUUACAAAUGACCCUGCCCAAAUUUAUUGUAUCCAGUAAGAUAUACGGUAAGCUUUUAGGCGGCGGUGGCUCUAGUGCUGAAUUUUUUGUCGAUUUCACGCGAAGUCUUAUAAAGAAAAGAAAAGAAAAUAAAGAAAAACACAACGAUUUUCUGCAGUUAUUAAUGGAUGUCGAGAGACCUGAAGGAGACAUACGAGAGGCCAGUGAUGCCAAUGAAUCACAUCAUGUGAAUGAGGGUAAGGAUGAGAUCACAGCCGACGCCGAAGCCUUCAGUAAUGUAUUGGAGAAGAAGUUGACUGAAGACGAGAUAUUAGCGCAAUGUUUCCUCUUCUUCGUCGCCGGUUACGAGACAACUGCCACUACUCUGUCGUUCUGUUCCUAUGAGUUGGCACUCAAUCCCGAACUUCAGGACAGACUCUAUGAGGAGACGAAAGGAGUUUUCAACGAAAAGGGAGAAAUAGAUUACGAAGUGCUGUCGAGACUCCCUUUCCUGGACGCACUCGUAUCAGAAACCCUUCGCAGUUAUCCUCCAUUGCCUCGACUCGAGAGGGAAGCCAUGGAAGACAUAAAGUUAGGCGACACUGGAGUGAAGAUCGAAAAGGGAGUGAUCGCCGAAAUCCCUGUCUAUGCCAUACAUCACGACCCCGAGCACUACCCGAAUCCAUUCACAUUCAACCCUGAUAGGUUUAUGCCCGAAAACCGGGAAAACAUCAAACCGUAUACUUAUAUCCCUUUCGGUUCGGGUCCACGAAAUUGCAUUGGAAUGAGAUUUGCAUUAUUGGAGGCAAAGCUAGCCUUAGCUAAGAUCUCACAGCAGUUC